CAGCGCACGUUAGCUCUCUCCGCCAUACACCUAGUCCCCUCUACUCCGCCGCUAUCGACCAACUACAAUAUAAACCAAACGGAUUCCAACUUCCCGCCAUUCCCAUCCGUCAGAUCGGCCGAGAUGGACGUCUUGUUCGACACAAUCAACAUUCGCGAUCUCCUCUCCGGUCACGACCUGACUGAUCCUACCACGCCUCUGUCCGCACCGGAUCUUCGCCUCCUCAUCAACCGCCUCGAGUCUCAUUCCCAUCGCAUCAAAUCCAAGGUACAAGCCUAUCUCCUAGCGCACGUUGAUGACUUCUCCUCACUCUUCUCUCUAUGCAACGAAGCCGUUUCUAAGACUGGCCAAGUUUCCAAUGAUCUCACCGAUGUUCUGAGAUUGAUUUCUGACCGUCCGAUUGACGUCGAGAUUCGGGCCUUGGUAGAGGAGAUGAACAUGAAGAUGAGGGAGGUGAAGGUAAAGAGGGAAUUGCUGGAGCUGGUGAAGGUAAUUGUGGAAAUUUGUGAGGGAUUGAAAGAAGCGAGGGAAGGGUUGAGGAAUGGGCGGCUCAGAUUUGCCGCUGAGCGAAUAAAUAAUUUGAAGGUUGCUCUGAGGAUUGGUGACGAGGAAGAGGGGGAGCCUAUUGUCUAUGGUUUGAUGAGGAAAGAGUGGUUGGAUUGCUUUGAGGAGAUUCAAGAAUUGCUCGUGAAGUUCAUGGAAAAUGCAAUUCACUUUGAGCAUGAAGCUAAAAGAAUUCGUGUCAGCUAUAGAUUAAGUGUUGAUGGAAUUGAUGGAGUUGAGCUCAGAACAGUUUUGGAGGCAAUGGAUGUGGUCGGUAUCUUGGACUAUGGGCUUGCAAAAGUAGCUGACUCAACAAUCAAACAUGUGAUUACUCCAGUUGUAAAUCGUGGUUCAGCUAUUAAAUUCAUUGAGGAUUCUAAUCAACACUCAGAAGAAAUGGUCGAGGCAACAUUGACACGAAUAACAAUAUCUGAUCCUGAGAUUCAAAAUCUGGAUGGAGAGACUAUGUACUUGGGGAUUAUUCAGGUUGUUAAGUUUAUUUACAAAUACUUGUGCUUCCAAAAUGGCUCUUGGAUAAGAUGUUUUGGCAGACUGACAUGGCCACGAAUAUCCGAGUUGAUUAUAUCCAAUUUUCUUUCAAAGAGGACUAUUGGUUUCUGCUAUGUAGUUCUAAUACAGCUUGGCAUAAACUGUGGAAAUGAAGAUAAAAUCUUGGCAAAAGCUAGAAAUUUGCUUCUCGAGUGUGACUUUGCAGUUCCGCAGGAAGUCAAAAGUCCCAUGUUCAAAAAUGAUGGUCAAACUGUUAAUUCUAGUGGGCAUGUUGCUGACUUACUUUUCUUAUCUGAGAGGUGUAUUGUAUCCAAAGCAGCUUCUCAGUUAAUGGGUUUAGUUCAUAAGACACUUAAGGAUAUUUGCAUGUCCUCUGCCAGAGUUGCUUUGGAGUUCUAUCAUGCUGCUAGGGACUCCAUACUCCUGUAUGAAGCUAUUAUUCCUGUUAAGCUAGAGAGGCAGCUUGAUGGCAUCAAUCAGGUUGCUGUUCUAAUGCACAAUGAUUGUCUUUAUUUAUCUCAAGAGAUACUUGGACUUGCAUUUGAGUAUUGCUCAGAUUUUCCAAGUUCACUUAAAGAACAUGCCGUUUUUGUUGAUAUGGCUCCAAGAUUUCAUUUAAUGGCAGAAGAUAUACUGCAGAGGCAAAUUGAACGUGUCAUUUUCAAUUUGAGAGAGGCUGUAGAUGGUGCUGACGGAUUUCAGAAUACCCACCAAAUGCAACAAUUUGAAUCUGCAAAGUUUAGCAUAGAUCAGGUUGUCUUUAUUCUUGAGAAAGUACAUAUCAUAUGGGAGCCACUCUUACUGCCCUCAACUUACAAGAGAAGCAUGUGCACAGUUUUAGACUCAGUCUUUUCUAGAAUCACAGGAGACAUACUACUCCUAGAUGAUAUUGCUGCAGAAGAAUCAUUACAGCUUCAAAGAUUGAUUCAUUUGAUGCUGGAAAGCCUGUCUUCUUUAUUGGAUUCCCUGGUUUCUGUCAACCAAGAAGGAAAGUCAGAGGACUCAAGAUGUCGUAUUGAUGACCUAAUACCAUCUUACUGCAAAAUCCACAAACUAGCAGAUUUAUUGGAUAUGCCUCUCAAGUUUAUAACUUCAGCUUGGGAAAGUGGAGAACUGGUCAGCUGUGGUUUUACGAGAGUAGAGGUACAAGAUUUUAUUAAAGCUAUAUUUGCUGAUUCUCCUUUGAGAAAAGAGUGCCUAUGGAGAGUGGAGAAUAUCUGCCUCUAAAUUUGCAUUCCAGAAUCUUUAGUCGAUAACUGCCACUUAACAAGAAAAACGGUGAAGCAGAAGCAAGAUAAGGGCAGAAGGUGAA